UGCGCAGCUAUUUUAUGGUAUGAUUAAAUUGCAGUAAAACUUACGUAUACGCAACUAUUUCAAGAAUAAGAGUCCUGUAUUAACUAUAUACUUACAGAAAUAAUGGGUUUAACGUAUUCCUUGGGCUCGAUAUUUGUGUAUAAAUUAUUUCCAAGCCUUCGCUAUGAAACAUCACUUUCCUUAACUAAGAAUUAUGAUAGUGAUUGCUACAAAUAGCAUGUAGAAAACAAAUAGAGAAUGGAAAGAUUAUAAAACUUGUGGCAAAAAUUAAAAAAAAAAAAGUAUGCAAAAUAUGGUAAAAGCACUAGGUUUGAGACAAAAUUCUUUUCAAUGAUACGUCAAUACUUUGUAUAUUUAUUAUAUUUUAUUUGAUAUUUUUUAUAAAAAUCAGUUUUCUCCAGAAGAGUAAUUUAAAGUUAUAGGCAUUGAAAGGCAACAAUUUCAUGCAAGAAAAUAGUCAAUAAUGAUCACGACUUUUACUUAUUCUUAUUUAAAAAAUUUUUUUCCAUUGUCGCUAUGUAUAUGACAUGAAUAUACAUCACAAUUUAUAACAUAUUAGUAUAUUUUCAUCGUGUGCAAAGCACUUCCGCCGUCUUCAAUUGAAGAAAAUCAAAAGUAUCAAUACCCAGACAGCACAAAUCUCCUCGGGAUGUCCUGAGGAUGUCCUGCGGUCGUCCGAUGUCCUAAGGACAUCCACAGAACAUCCAUGUACUGAACAUAUCGUGUGCUGUUUGGGUAUUGGUGAGUCAUCAAUUCGAUCUCAACUGAUUUCGAAGGGAAUAAUUCAUCCAUACACGUUAGCCAUAAUUAACAUUUAUUUCAAUCGGUAGAAACGGCUAAAAUUACUUCGGAGUAUAUUCGACAGAGCGGAAAAUUGUCUCCGACAAUAGCGUUGCUUUGGUAAUUUUGGUUGCAAUAAUGCAUAUCACGUAUGCAUCGAUCGGCAAAUUAACACGCGCCAAUUAGAGCCUGAACGUUCGCAUGGUCGUUCGACUGACAAGCCAGCAUGUAUGUAUGUAUCUGUGUGCGCGUAGAUACUCGCGCGCGCUUUUAACUUAUCGUUCUUAAAUAACAACAAUAUUGCACAAGACACAGCCACGAUUCAAAGGAUGUUAUAUGUCGAUGUCCAAAAGUACGCAUCGAUUCCCGUCAAAGGCACAAUUCUGUCCUCACGAUGAUCUAGUGAGGCAUAAACUGCCACGACGAACAGAAUGCGACGUUUCCUGACUCGACGCUGCCGUUGCGCAAUCACUUGGAAGCUUCGAAUAAACGAACCACUUUGUGAUGCCACAGAGAAGCGCCAGAGACCUGCACAAACGGGCUGUUCUAUGACAUCAUCGAGAAGCUUCAAAGUGAUGCAUAUAACAGACACGCCACAAGCCCAGAAGAACGCAAGACACAAGGAUUCCAUUAAAACUUUGUCAUUCCUUUCUUGUGCGGGAAAUUCGAACUUGGAGAAUUCAGUUUCGCCGAUUUUCACGUUUUGGUAUCAGGAGAACAUAAUGAACGAGGAGGUAUCCGAAGUACUGGUGGGAGAAAUUUCAAGAAUAUAGGCUCAGGAGAACAAUGAGCGACGAGGUAUCCAAAAUUCUGGCGGGAAAUUCGAACUUGGAGAAUUCAGUUUUCACGACUUGGUAUCAGGAGUCGAUUUUCACGUUUUGGUAUCAGGAGAACAUAAUAAGCGAGGAGGUAUCAGAAUUCUAGCAGGAAAUUGAUAAGUAUUCUAUUUCGAAAAAAAUUAUUAAAUGUUUUGAUCAUUUACAUGAUAGAUGGAGACAAUGUUGUGUACAGAGAUAGAAAGAGAG